AUGGCGUCAACUGAUUAUCAAGGUUCAUCAUCUCCAUCUUUCACACGUUUUCGGCGUUCAAUACUGAGUAUGAAACGAGAUCCAGUGAUUCAUGAGGCCACAAGUCAGGAACAAGAGGUUGAAGCGUUUCAAAGACAUGUAACUCAGAGGUUUAUCGAUUUGUCUCGGGUCGAUUCACAUGAAUUCCUUUCUCUUUCGUGGGUUUCUGAUCUUCUAGAUGUUUUCCUGUGUUGUCAAGAAGAAUUCAAAGCCAUAUUAUUCAACAACCAAUCUUACAUGAGUGAUAAGUUGGUUCUGGAUUAUUUCGAAAGGAGUGUCAAAGGAUUAGAUGUUUGUAAUGCAAUUAGAGAUGGAAUUGAACAGAUCCGACAAUGGCAGAAACAACUGGAGAUCGUUUCAUGUGCUUUGGGUAAUCAACGAUAUCUCGGAGAAGCUCAAUUCCGGCGAGCUAAAAAGGCGCUAAUCGAGUUAACAAUCGGAAUGAUUGACGAUAAACAAUCCAACUCCGCUUUCGCUCAUAGAAACAGAUCCUUCGGUAAAGAUCCCCCAAAUCAUCAAAAAUCCUUGAAGAAAUUCAAAUCAUUCUCGUGGAGUGUUUCAAGAUCUUGGUCGGCUUCAAAACAACUUCAAGCAAUCGGAAACAACAUUGUUCCUCCCAAGACUACCGACGUCAUUCCUGUAGCUGUUUACACGAUGAACAAUGUCCUGUUAUUCGUGAUGUGGACUUUGGUAGCUGCGAUCCCUUGUCAAGAUCGUGGACUACAAUCCCAUUUCAACAUACCAAAGAAUUUCAAUUGGGGAUCUCCGAUUAUUAGUCUGCACGAGAGAAUUUUGGAGGAAUCGAAGAAGAGAGGGAGGAGAAAUGCUUGUGGAUUGUUGAAGGAGAUUGAAGGGAUCGAGAGAUCUGCUCGUUUUGUAAACGAAUUGUGUGAUUCGUUGCAGUUUCCAUUGGCGGAAGAACAGGAAUCGGAGGUGAGAAAGAGGGUGGAGGAAGUGGAGAUGGUGUCUGAAGCUAUUAAGAAAGGUCUGGAUCCAUUGGAGAAGCAAGUGAGAGACGUUUUUCAUCGAAUUGUGAGCAGUAGAACACAAGGACUCGAUAAACGAAGCUAUUAA